AAAUGCCGGGGGCGACUGCUCUCCUCCGAGGGCCGCUGCGGUUGGCUAAACUCCGGGUGGGCUUUCCCCUCGUUCGCCCCUCCCGCAGUUUUAUCAGCAGCAAAGAUUGCGACAGGAACGUCUUAUGCAAAGUAAAGCAAACAGGAAACGUGGGGUUUUUUUUCUUUUCUUUUCUUUGCUUCUCCUUUGUCUCUCUUACAAGCCAGCGAAGGUCCCUCUAGCACGGCAGGCGGCCUUCUCUCCCGGGAGGGCUUGGGGGGCUCCUCUCGUUUGGGCUUGAGGUUCCUUGGCAGAAGAGGGACAGGCUUGGCGGGCGGAGGAAGAGAGCUUGGACACGCUGUUCUCCGGGGGGGGUGAUGUACUUUUGAGUGACCACCAUGUCGAUGUAUCUGAAACACUUCACGGUGGUGGGAGAUGACACUUCCCAGUGGAACAACGACUACAAGAAAUGGGAGGAAGAAGAGGAAGGAGAAGGGAAGGCACCAGAGGUUGCGGUUAAAGUCGAAUCGGCGGCCCGGCGGCCAACUUUUAGAGAUAUUAUGAAAAGGCUGUUCCAAUCCCACAAGUUCCAGAUCGUGGUGGUUUGCCUGGUGAUCUUGGAUGCCGUGUUGGUGCUGGGGGAGCUGCUUCUGGAUCUGAAGAUCAUUCACCCUGACAAAGAGGAGGUCGCCCCGAGGGUCCUUCACUACCUGAGCCUUUCCAUCCUCUCCCUCUUCCUGGUGGAAGUCAGCUUCAAGCUCUUCGCCUACCGCCUGGAGUUCUUCCACCACAAGUUUGAGGUCUUGGACGCCCUGGUGGUCGUCGUCUCCUUCAUCCUGGACAUUGUGGUCCUCUUCAAGGAACAUCAGUUUGAAGCGCUCGGUCUGCUGAUCCUGCUCAGGCUGUGGCGGGUGGCCAGGAUCAUCAACGGAAUAAUCUUAUCCAUGAAGACUCGCUCAGAACAGCAGAUCUCCAAGCUGAAGCAAGCCAACUUGCAGCUGAGUGUCAAAGUCCAGCAGCUGGAAAGCAGCUGUGCAGAGAAGGAAACAGAAAUUGAAAGGCUGAACAGUCUCUUGAAGCAACAUGGGCUCCUCAGCCAGUCCAAAUAAGAGGCCUGACCUGGAUCUGAAAUCUCUUCCUUGGCCCUGAGAAGCUACUCUCUGUUUACAGGGUGACCUUGUAAAUAUAUCCUUUGGCACAUUUAUUUAUCAGCACGGGCUGCU